GUUUACUACACCUGGACACAGACAUGCGCUGGAAAAGUGAAGUGAAAGUAGAGUGCUGCAUUGUUAGCGAGAACGAAAACGAGUCUCUGUUGUCCCACGAUGAGUGAAAGGCAUGAUAUUUAUGGGAAGGAGCAGGGGACAUUUAAGGCAGCUGCGGCAGUCUGACAGACCGACACCGUCUUCCCGCCACAGCUUCUCGUCAUGUGUGAAGAUUGCAAAGGAGAUGAAGAGCUGCUAGGCAAAUGCACAGAGGACAGGAAAGACAUUAUGGGUGCACCGGUGGAGGUUUUGGAUGAAGACGCGUCGUCGCUGCAGGCGAUGGCAUCUGCACCUCUGCUGGGCAGGACCGUGUGCGCGAGCUGCAACGAGGAAAUUAUGGAUAAAUAUUUAUUAAAGGUUAACGACCUGUGCUGGCAUGUGCGCUGUCUUUCCUGCAGCGUGUGCCAGACUUCUCUUGGCAGCCACACCAGCUGUUACAUCAAAGAAAAAGAGGUGUUCUGUAAACUGGAUUACUUUCGAAGAUACGGCACCUGGUGUGCGUGCUGCGGCAGGAACAUCCACUCCACAGACUGGGUCCGCCGGGCGAAGGGAAACGUGUACCACUUGGCCUGCUUCGCCUGCUUCUCCUGCAAGAGGCAGCUGUCCACCGGAGAGGAGUUCGCCCUGGUUGAGGAGAAGGUGCUCUGCAGGGUCCACUACGACUGCAUGCUGGACAACCUCAAGCGGGCCGUGGAGAAAGGAAACAGUGUUAACAUGGAGGGGGCUGUGCCCACUGAGCAGGAGAUUAACCAGCCAAAACCCUCCAAGAGAGCUCGGACCAGCUUCACUGCUGACCAACUGCAGGUAAUGCAGGCCCAGUUUGCUCAGGACAACAACCCAGACGCCCAGACGCUGCAGAAACUGGCGGAGCAGACAGGCCUCAGUCGAAGAGUCAUACAGGUUUGGUUCCAGAACUGCCGAGCUCGCCACAAGAAGCACGUAAGCCCCAACCACACCUCCAGCACCCCCAUGACCUCACUGCAGCCCAGCCGCCUAUCCCAGCCCACCCCAACCCCUGAGGAACUGCAGUACACAGCCUACGGAGGCCCGGAGGGGUCAAUGCUCUCUGCACUACACUCCUUCAUAGACAUGCACCCCCCGCCAUCCAUGUUUCAACCACUGCUGCCAGCCCACGCCAUGACCUCCCUGCCUGUGUCUCACGCCUGAGCAGCUAACAUGCACAUACACACACGCACACACAAACAAACAGCAGCCUCAGACUUCACCAGCGAUUGCUCAUCAUUAGCAGCUGCAGUAUUCAGAACUCCAUGGUAAAUAUAAUUUCAUUUUCAGUGAACCAUAAACCACCUUUUGCUUCUUAAACUGCCAGUUGUUCAUAAUGUUUAUCUUCUUUGAAAACACUUAAUUCACUGUUGAGCAUUGUUAUGGAUGAGUAUAAUUUACAGUCCUAAAUAUACUGUAUAUGUGGAAAAGGAAAGGUUUCAGUGUACCUCAUAGGAUUGUGACAUAUGACAUUAUAGAUUUAUAUUUGUUUGUGUAGUUGGUGACACAGUUUGACCGUGCUCCGUGAAAGCCACCAGACCCCAAAUGUCAACUCCUUAUGAAGAUGAACUUGAAAUUGUUUGAGUGUUUGAAUAUUGCAAUUUAAUUUAUUUAUUGUA